UUCCAAGGAAAUCCAGGGGCAUUUUGUUUCUCUGGUAAACUCAUUGUUCUAUAUAAACACAAAACGCAUGGUCGCCUUUUGCCUGUCGCUUGUUACGUGAAAAGCUCUCCAAAAACUAUCCAUCAAUUUUCCCAACACUUUUCUCUAGCCGAUGGCUGACAAUGGUUCUGUUGAAGAGUUCUUGGCCACUGCAGUCGAUGCAGCUAAGAAAGCUGGAGAGAUAAUCCGUAAAGGGUUUUACCAGACCAAGCAUGUGGAGCAUAAAGGCCAGGUGGAUUUGGUCACAGAGACGGAUAAAGCAUGUGAAGAUCUUGUGUUUAAUCAUCUUAAGCAACAUUACCCCUCUCACAAGUUUAUUGGGGAAGAAACUACCGCUGCCAAUGGUGCAUCAGAGCUUACCGAUGAACCUACCUGGAUAGUUGAUCCCCUUGAUGGAACAACAAACUUUGUGCAUGGGUUUCCCUUUGUCUGUGUCUCCAUUGGUCUUACCAUUGGAAAGGUUCCUACAGUUGGUGUUGUUUACAAUCCGAUAAUGGAUGAGCUCUUUACUGGUAUACUUGGGAAAGGUGCUUUUCUCAAUGGAUCCCCUAUUAGAGUGUCAUCUCAGACUGAACUUGUAAAGUCUCUCCUUGCAACAGAGGCUGGAACAAAACGAGAUAAGUCCACUUUGGACGCUAGUACAAAUAGAAUCAAUAUCUUGCUUUUCAAGGUGAGAUCACUUCGAAUGACUGGUUCAUGUGCAUUGAAUCUUUGUGGAAUUGCAUGUGGAAGACUCGACCUGUUUUACGAACUUGGAUAUGGGGGUCCAUGGGAUGUGGCUGCUGGUGUUUUAAUUGUUAAAGAAGCUGGAGGCCUCGUGUAUGAUCCGUUUGGUAAAGAUUUUGACAUCACAGUUCCACAGGUCGCCGCUUCGAAUCCAUCGCUGAAAGAUGCAUUUCUUGAGGCUUUGCAGCAUUGAUAAAUCCUCAAAGGCCUGAAAUUGCCUCUACUAUCUGAUAUGAUAUAUUAGCUUGUUUUGUUCUUUUUGUGGGAUUUUGUUUACAACAUGAAUGAUUCUUCGAAUAGGCUGAUGGCUCUGAACGCCGAACCCAAUUUAUAUCAUGGAAAUGUGUAUGUAUCUUUCUACAAGCCCAAUUCAAUGAAACCAUUUGGACCA